AUGACACACCCACCAUCUAACGCCACACCCAUCCGCGGACCACGGCCUGACCCCCUCCUCUCCCUCUCAGGUUCUCCCUCUCACGGGCUCUCUUUCCCUGCUGCAACUCAGUUCGGAUGCUUUGGCAAGGAUGUAACGAACCAAUCGACCUGCCGCUUCAACUCCACCCGUAGCCACUCCAUGGCUAGAGAAGCCCCCCGAACAUCAGAACAAAUGGCAGCACGUAGCGCUUGGUGGAAGUCGUUGGAACCCGGUCCAGGGCCUUGGCUCCCUGUGGUUGAGCCCCCCUCUUGA